GAACGCAACGGACCCGGUUCACCCAGCUCACCGGCCAAGACACCAACAUCCACCACUUCGAAGGGAGACAAAGGAGCCGCCUCUCGCCCACCUAGCGCCACACCAUCGAACAAAUCGUCCAAAUCACGUUCCACAUCUAGAAAUCGUUUGCUGUUGAAGACUCCCGAACCGGAGCCAGUUAAAAAAGUAUCAAUGAACAAAAUUCAAGUCGGACACGCUCCUUCACCCAAUCUCAAAGCGGUGCGUUCUAAAAUCGGUUCGCUUGACAAUGCUGGCUAUAAGCCCGGUGGAGGUAAUGUUAAAAUCGAGAGUAAGAAGAUCGAAAUAAAAGCCGCACCCAGAAUUGAGGCGAAAAAUGACAAGUAUACGCCACGUGGUGGCGAAAAAAAGAUUAUAUCGACAAAGCUACAAUGGAAUGCCAAGUCGAAAAUAGGCUCUUUGGAGAAUGCCAAUCAUAAGCCAGGUGGCGGUGAUAAGAAGAUCGAAACGAUUAAAACGGACUUCAAAGAUAAGGCUAAACCAAAAGUCGGUUCAAAGGAUAAUGUCAAGCAUACUCCAGGCGGUGGUGAUAUUAAGGUAAGGUGUCCGCAAAAUGCUACAGAGAACUUUAAUUAAAAAAAAUACAGUCAG